AUGCCUCAUAUUAUGCAAGCUCUGGUAGAGAACGGGGUCAUCGACCUCCUGGGUCACAUAGAGGUCCAGCACAAGCUCAUGGUUCAGUUCCCCGGUGCUCCGCUCUUGGAGCCGGGUCAAGCCUUUCUCCCUGGGCCAACUCCGGCACCACCCCUGAUUUUUACCGAGUUCGAUGGAACUGGUAAUCACUAUUUGUUGAUCAUGGUGGCACAACACCCUAGCCAACCCCCUGACAGUCAAUUUUGUCACUGGGCUGUGGCAGGCGUUCCAAUCUCCGGCGGCACCGUGGAGUUUGAGCAAGGGCAGACUAUCUCGCCCUACAAGCCUCCCAGAAUUGACGAGGACAACCCAGGACGCUAUGUGUUCCUUCUGCUCAACCCCAAGCCUAGCGCGGUGUUCAACCUCGGGGGCAUCAUUGCUGAGUUGGGAGGGAUGAUGGGCCAUACGGGGGCCCCGGUGAAGUUGAACACGCGACAGUUCCUGCAAGGCAAAGGUCUGGAAGUAGUUGCCGCGACGGUCUUACUGGGGUAA